CAGCUGUUGGAGGCCCCGGCUCUUCCAGGACGAGGAGGACCAUGGAGAACGGUUCGUUCCCUCUGGACGUCCUUGACAGUUCUACAGUUCCACCGGUGGCCACCCCUUCCGCUUCCCUGAGGAAGACCCUGAGAUUCCUCCAAAUCCUGUCCGUGGUAGUCUUCAUCGUCACCUUCCUCCUGGGCAUGGCCGGCAACGGGCUGGUCAUCUGGGUGUCCGGCUUCCGCAUGCCCCGCUCCGUCAACAGCGUCUGGUUCCUCCACCUGGCCGUGGCCGACUUCACCUUCUGCCUCUUCCUGCCCUUCAGUAUAGUCUACGUGGCCCUGGGCUUCCACUGGCCCUUUGGCCGGCUGCUCUGCAAACUCUACCACCCGCUGAGCAUCUUCAACCUCUUCGCCAGCGUCUUCCUGCUGACCCUUAUCUCCACCGACCGCUGCAUCUGCGUCCUGAGGCCCGUCUGGGCCCGGAACCACCGCACCUGGGGGAGGGCCAACUUGGCGGCCGGGGUUGCCUGGCUCCUGGCCCUGGCCUUCAGCAGCCCCUACCUGGUGUUCCGGGACAUCGCCGUGAACGCGAGGACCGGAAAGACGGACUGCGCCAUCAACUACGACCCCUGGAACGAGACCCGGGGGGACCCGGGGAGGAGGCCGGCCGUGGAGGGGCCCCGGUUCUCGGCCUUGGUGCUCACCCGCUUCGUGCUCGGCUUCGUGGUGCCGCUGGUCGUCAUCGGGGGCUGCUGCAUCCUCCUCGCCAGCCGGAUCUGGCGCCAGCGCUUGGCGCGUUCCAAUCGGCCCUUCCGGGUCCUCGGGGCUGUGGUGGCCGCUUUCUUCCUCUGCUGGUUCCCCUUCCAUCUGCUGUCGCUCUUGAAGCUGGCGUCCAUCCUGGGCCGGCGAUCGGACCUGAACCGUUCUUUGUCCAUCCUGGGGCCGCUGGCCUUCUGCAUGAUCUGCGUCAACAGCUGCCUGAACCCCGUGCUCUAUGUCUUCCUGGGCCGGGACUUCCAGAAGCGUCUGCUUCGCUCCCUGCCCUCCGCCCUGGAGCGGGCCUUCGCCGAGGAGCCCGGCUCUGCCUCCAGCUUGACAAAAAGCACAGUGCCCGUGGACGGCGAGUUCCAGGAGUUGCGGGUGUCCCCCACCUGAAGGCCCCGUCCCCUUCGCCCUUCGGGCCGGAGCAAACCGCCUUCUCCCCCUCCCCGUUCCGACUU